ACCUAGGCACGUAUGCAUGGAUAUACGUGUUGAAAGCUUGCUUGAGAGGGGUUCGAGUGAGUGACAAAAAGCUUUGACUUGUUGGUGGGCGGCUGACGAGGUGGUGGUGAGGGUUUUUCUUUGUCUAGAUUGGCUUCCGGUGUCUGCUGGGUUUGGAAAUGGGGAGAGCGCCGUGUUGUGAGAAAGUGGGGUUGAAGAAGGGUAGGUGGACGGCUGAGGAGGAUGAGGUCUUGGUGAAGUACAUUCAGGCUAACGGAGAAGGCUCCUGGAGGUCCUUACCCAAGAAUGCAGGGUUACUGAGGUGUGGGAAGAGUUGCAGACUGAGAUGGAUUAACUACUUGAGAGCAGAUUUGAAGAGAGGGAACUUCUCAGAAGAAGAAGAAGAGAUCAUCAUAAAGCUACAUGCUUCUCUUGGAAAUAGGUGGUCUAUGAUAGCUGGGCAGUUACCAGGAAGAACAGACAACGAGAUAAAGAAUUACUGGAACUCUCACUUGAGUAGAAAAGUUCACAGCUUCAGGAGGCUUACUAAUGAGGGUCCAUCAAUGGUUAUUGAUCUAGCAAAGGUAACCACAGCCCACAAGCGCAAGGUUGGCAGAACAAGCAGAUGGGCCAUGAAGAAGAACAGAAGCGACAAGAGUAUCCGAGAAGAUGUUAACAAGAGUUCCCUAGAAAAACCCAAAGGCGAUGAUGAUGGGAAUGGAGUAAUAGCAGAGAAAGAGACCCGGUCUGAAACUAUGACUGGGGACCUGUAUGCCCAAGUCAAUGAGGAGGAAAACCCAGAACUUAUGGCGAGUCAUCUUCUGGGAUGUGGAGGGAGAAUGUUUGGUGAAGGAUCUGAGACUUUUGGACCAUUUCGGGUGCCGGAGGUUGAGGGGUUGUGCUUCAGUGAGAACAUGGAGAGUGGAGUACUGGUGGAUGGAGGUGGGCUUGUGAGUAGUGGCACUGAGGAGAGGGCAAGUGGGGCUACAUGUUCCAACAAAACGACACCGUUUGGUGGGGAUGUGGAGGGGAGAAACUUGAGCUCAGAUAAUGGAGAUCAGACUGUUGACCAGUGGCCCUCCUGCUCUUCCCCAACUUCAUAUUUUGAUGACUGGAAUUGGGAAAGCAGUGCUGUAAAUGGGCAAGAGCUGUGGGAUGAGAAGGAGGAGAUGCUGUCUUGGUUAUGGGAGGACAGUGAUGGUGGAGAAGUGGAGUGUGAAACCUUUGGAGGAGACCUGGACUGUGAAAAACAAAAUGCUAUGGUCGCUUGGCUUCUUUCUUGA